UAACCAGAAUAAAUAAAUCCAAAACAGCAGAAGAAAUCUGUUCUCUACCAUUCGCUGACACAAAAGAAAGAAUUUGAAUAACUACCUUCAGCUUCAGUAAUCAGUACUUACCUAUAUCUUCCAUCUUCGUCGUUCUUUUUUGUGGUCUCAAUUGUUGUCGCUACUCACAACAACACCGUCGUAGAUUCCUAUGUUUCUUAUCCUUAUUCUUCACAUAUUCAACAACUUAGGCCUCCUUACUAUAACAAUUCUCACAAACUUCAAUUAAAUCAUGAAAAUCGAACAACACAACAAUAAUAAGAGACUACUCUCUUCACUCCUCAGAACAGCAAAGUCCGUGGCGUAUUUUAUCUUUCUUCUGCUAACUUACGCCUUAGGUUAUCUCUCCGCUCCCUCUGCCACGUCAUCACAACCACCGCAACAGCAAGCACCGCCGUUUGCGUCGUCAACGCCGUUAAAUGCCGUUUUUUCUUCUUCUGAUUUUGACUCAACUUCCAACUCGGUUAUUCGAGUAACAGUCAACUCCACAGAGCUCGACUCGUUCCGAGUCACGACUCGAUGCGCUGAUCCGAUCUCACCGGAACUCGUUAGACGUACUCUCGUCGACCGUCUCUUCAACGGUACGUCACCGUUCAGCAACUUCCCGCCGCCGCACGCUGCUCCUCUUCUCCGGCGAACGAAGAAGAUCAAAGGAUGGGGCUCAAACGGUGCCGUAUUUGAGAAUCUCAUAAGGCGCGUGAAGCCACGCGUCAUCGUCGAAGUUGGCACGUUCUUAGGCGCGUCGGCGAUACACAUGGCCGAGUUGACUCAGCGACUCGGCCUCUCGACUCAGAUUCUGUGCAUCGAUGAUUUUCGCGGUUGGGCCGGGUUCAGAGACCGGUUCAGUAAAAUCCCGAUGGUAAACGGUGACGUUUUGCUGUAUUACCAGUUUUUAAUGAACGCGGUAAAUUUUAACAAAACCGGGUCAAUUUUACCCGUACCUUUUUCAAGCGGGUCAGCACUAAUAAAGCUAUGUGAAUGGGGCGUGUAUGCGGAUCUCGUAGAAAUAGAUGCGGGUCAUGACUUCUUCUCUGCUUGGUCUGAUAUAACCCGUGGGUAUCAAAUCCUCCGACCCGGCGGAAUUAUAUUCGGCCAUGAUUAUUUUACUGCGGCGGAUAAUAGAGGUGUUAGAAGAGCCGUUGACUUAUUUGCUAAAGUCAAUGGUCUUAAGAUUAAAAUCGACGGUCAACAUUGGGUUCUUCACUCUACUUAAAUUCUAUGAUAGGAAAAUAUAUAUAGUUUUUUCUUUUUAACAUCAAAUAUACAUACUUUUACUUUUUACUUUUUAUUUUUUUUUCUUUUUGUAAUUCUACUAGUACGGGAUAUUUUCACAAACAUUGUUGGGAUAUUUUAUUGCUAUUCGAUCUUAUAUGAUAUGAUAGUGAUUGGAAGAUUAACUUCUCACCGAUACAUGGGUUGAUAACUAGAUAUGUAUCGUUAUCAUAGAUUUAAUUUUUUGGGGUCUAUAUAUGUAAGUGUUUCAAGAGAAAGAGAAUGAGAGGGAUGAAAGCAGAAGAUGUUUCAUUAACUAAGGUUGUAUGAUUUUCGGAAUUCGGAGAAAAUUUUUAUAUUGAA